AUGGAGAGGAUAUGGCAAUGGUACGUGUCUCUCACUCUCAUCCCCGAUCCUCAUCCUCUCGCAUCCACACACACAACCAAACCAAUCUCUUUCAAACCACCCCGCACAGAAAGUGUUGAAGAGAAAACCAUCCACAAAAAGGAACAACCAAAAUUUACCCCCCAAAAGACUCUGAAAUUGUCCCUGAGAGAACAAAAACAGAAUGCCUCCCUCCAAGAAGCCCUCUCCUGCACCAGCUGCACAAUCACCCGCAUCCCCAAGGACAUCUACUAUGAUGAUCGCAUAAAAGGCAUCUACGAUGCCUCCCGCGAUCCACCGUUCCUGAUCCCAGGCCUCACCACCACAGAAGACAAAGAAAUACCACCCGACGAAAUACCUCCAGCCCCUAAAGAAGGCAAAGGUAAUGAACAAGAGCCAUCAUCACCAACAUACACACACCUCCUCACACCAACCCAAGAACAAUCCUACAACACCCAACUCCAAAUCUACCUCAGCCACGACCCGACCAACGACCACAAGUUCGCAAAAUACCUCGUGGACUACCACAUCCACAUCCAUUACCUUCUUCGUCGCAGCAUGCUAGGUCUCUGUCGGGACGUGACCGAUUUGUACGAAAUGAAGGAUUGGAUGAAGAGGAUGCAUCCCGUCAAUCAUGAGGAUGAGGUACCUGUCAGUGCUGCUACUGGCAUUUACACCCCCCAACCCCAACUCGGACCGUCCCAGAAUCUCUAUUCUCUAAGAAGUCAGAAUUACCGCAAACGUCACAGCCGACAACAACAAUCCUACCAAUCUCCCUUCUACCAACCACAGAGACAACACCUCCCCCGCGCAUCACUCUCAUCCUCCGUCUCUUCAUCAACAGAAGAUGACCGCCCAAGCGAUUGGCCAGGCGACUCGAACCGACAAAUGAAAUAUCAAGUGAAACUAUGGGAUAAAGGCGCAAGAAUGAGGAGGAAGCGCUAUAAGGAGAGUCAAGCCCGGUGGGCGGUUAUACAAGAGGAGAGGGCACGACAACGGGAGAUGAUAAUGAUGAUGAUGCGGAGUAGGAGGAAUUUGCCUAGAAAUACUAGUCCGCGUAUGGUGAAAGGGGGUAGUGGUGGUGGUGUGAAAGUGAGGCUAUAUUGCUCGACGCAGGUACCAGGUGUUAGUGGUGAUGGGUUAUACUAUGAUGGGAAGAGGAGGUUUCUGAGGGAGGUGGAGGUCGAGGAGAUGGCAUUUGGGGAGGUUAUUAGAUGA